UAUAACUAUAAGCCUGCGUUACAUAAACCAGGCGGAAAUUUGAGAUUUUCAAUUUUCAAUUUCUGAGCUGUGACAAUUUUGUUCGAUUUUCUGUGAUUUCAAGCUCAUGGCCCUCACAAAUGAUGGAUUUCAAGUUCAUUACAGGGGAGUUCGGAAGAGGCCCUGGGGUCGAUUUGCCGCAGAGAUCAGAGAUCCUGGCAGGAAACAGAGAGUUUGGCUCGGAACUUUCGGUACUGCUGAGGAAGCGGCUAGGGCUUACGAUGCCGCCGCCAUUUUUUUCAAAGCUGCAAAGGCUAAGACAAAUUUCGCCUACACUUCGUCCCCGGGAACUGAGAGCGGCGGCCAAAGUAGUGCCCUUGAGCUGGCCGCUUGCUCUGCACUGAAGCGUAUUGUAAACCCUAGCGCUUCCUUUUCUGCUCAAAAAACUUCCGGUGAACAAAUUUUGUUGUUUGAUCGCGAGAAAGCGGAUCUCGAUUUUUCAGGCAGUAGGCAGAAAUCCUGCAAGAAGAAGCGAAUGGAAGUCGAGAGGCGAAACGGCGAGAAUUUAGAAGUUGAAGUAAAGGGAGAGACAGAGGCAGAGGCAGAGGGAAAGACAGAGCUCGCUUCUGCGAGAAGAUUUCCGCUUUUCGAUCUCAACCUACCUCCACCUCGUGAUGAUGACUCGCAAUUAUAGUAGAUCUGGCUAUAAAUGAUCUUUUCUUUUUCUGUAACAAAUUCGAUUGUUUCGUAUGAUUGGCUUCUUAUGUAAAAUCUCAAAACUCUAAUGGUUUUCAUAAUGAAGGAAUGAAUGUGGGCCCUCGGUGAAAUAGACCAGUAGGGACUCCUAUUUUGGCGCUAUUGAGUGAUACAGAAAAGCAAGCACACAGAUUUCUCUCCUUUGCAGUAUCUGAUACGCUGUAGUCCAGUCUUGGAAUUAAAUCUCAGCACGCAAAAACGUUUCUGUUGUAGCUUCUGGUUUUGUGUCUCCUUAAGUAUUGUUUAAAUAUUGACAGAUAACUAGAAGAUUAAUUUUAUUACCAAUCAAAAGGCAAAACAGUCCAACUGUAGUGGUUAAGCAAUCAGAUUGCAUUAGCUAAUACGCCAGACGAACAAAAUGUAACCAUCAUCAUCACAAUCGGUUGGUUUGGUGAGUUGAAAAAAUAAGUGUUCUUGUUCAGCA